GACGUCAGCGCUGCCAGCGUGGAGCGGCGGGAGCGGGAGCGGGAGCGGCGGGAGCGGGAGCGGCCCCGCCAUGGCCGCCUCUGAGGAGAAGAAAAACGAUCCGGGCAGAAGAUGGAAGCAUCUUCUAAGAGAGGCCGGAGGCAGAGAGAUGGUGGACCCUGCCUUAGCCGAGAUGGGGAAGAAUCUUAACGAAGCAAUGAGGAUGCUAGAAGACAAUCAGAGAAGACCCGAGGAAGAAGAUGAAAAGAAGUAUGUCCGGAAAGAUAUUCCGGGACCCCUCCAAGGCAGUGGUCAAGAUAUGGCAAGCAUCCUCCAGCUAGUUCAGAACCUUAUGCACGAAGAGGAAGACGAGGAGCCCCAGUGUUCCCGGCUCCAGAAUGUGGGAGAACAAGGUCACAUGGCUUUGUUGGGACACAGUUUGGCGGCUUACAUUUCCGUGUUGGACAGGGAAAGGUUGAGAAAACUUACAACCAGGAUUCUUUCAGAUACCACUUUGUGGCUUUGCAGGCUAUUCAGGUAUGAGAAUGGCUCUGCGUAUUACCAUGAAGAUGAUCGUGAGGGUCUCUUAAAAGUCUGUAGGCUUGUCAUCCAUUCCCACUUUGAAGACUACUCGACGGAAGGAUUUAACGUGUUGUAUAACAAGCAGCCUGUUAUAUAUAUUAGUGCUGCAGCUAGGCCCGGGCUUGGCCAAUACCUCUGUAACCAGCUUGGCCUCCCGCUGUCCUGUUUGUGCCACGUACCCUGUAAUACUAUGUUUGGAUCCCAGCACCAGAUGGAUGUUGCGUUAUUGGACCGGCUGAUCAAAGAGGAUGUCGAAAGAGGAAAACUGCCUUUGUUGCUCGUCGCAAAUGCUGGUACCCCCGGAGCAGGGCACACAGAUAAGCUCGCUCGCUUGAAAGAACUCUGUGAGCAACACGGGAUGUGGCUCCACGUGGAAGGGGUGAACUUGGCUACUUUGGCUUUAGGCUACGUCUCCUCCUCCGUCCUGGCGGCGACGAAAAGCGACAGCAUAACCCUCACCCUCGGUCCCUGGCUGGGGUUGCCGGCUGUCCCUGCAGUGACGCUCUAUAGACAGGAGGACCCUACCCUGGCCCUGGCCGCCGGGCUGACGUCGAGCCAGCCGGUUGAGAAACUCCGAGCGCUGCCCCUGUGGCUCUCCCUGCAGUACCUGGGACACGACGGAAUCGUGGAGAGAAUAAAGCACGCGGCUCAACUGAGUCAGAGGUUGCUGGAAAGUCUGAAGAAACUGAAUUUCAUCAAAACCUCGGUGGAAGAUGAGCUCAACUCUCCAGUGGUGGUGUUCAAGUUUUCUCAGGAAUUUUCAAGGUUAGAUCGAAAGCUGGGCACCGUGCCACCGGGACCCUCGGCCCCAGACCCGGCAGCCGGCCAGGAGAGAGACCUCCGGGACGCAUUUAACCAGUGGCUCGGCGAGCAGCUGGCCCGGUCGGUUCCCGCCAGCGGAGUCGACGUGGUGGAACUGGAAGACGAGGGGACGUGUGUGCGCUUCAGCCCGCUGAUGACGUCGGCGGUCUUAGGGACUCAAGGAGAGGACAUCGAUAAGCUGGUGGCCUGCCUGAAGACCAAGAUCCCGGUCCUGACCUGUACGCUGCGGAUGAGAGAGGAAUUCAAGCAGGAGGUGGAACGAACGGCCGGCCUCGCUCACGUGGAGGAUCUCGGCUGGGCCGGGCUAGGGGCGGUCAGGUACGAGGACAACGUCGAAGAGAAGAACGGUGGGAAAUCAGAGGCCGAAGUGGAGAAGAUCAACGCCGGACUCCUGAAGAAAUUAAGCGAACUGGAAUCCGAUCUCUCAUUUUCUUCGGGCCCCGAGUUCGGGAGGAAAAAGAACUGCAUUUACAUCGGCAUGGCAACCGAGGACCUGGACGUGCGCGAACUCGUGGAGACCAUCGCGGCCACGGGCCGAGAGAUAGAGGAGAACUCAAGGCUGCUGGAAAACAUGACGGAGGUUGUUCGGAAAGGCAUCCGGGAAGCGCAGGUUCAGCUGCAGAGAGCCAACGAGGAACGACUCCUGGAGGAGGGAGUGUUACGGCAGAUCCCCGUCGUCGGAUCUGUGCUGAAUUGGUUUUCGCCGUUCCAGGCGUCGCCCAAGGGAAGAACUUUUAACUUAACCGCAGGCUCGCUGGAAUCCACAGAGUUGACGUACGUGUCCAAAGCCCAGGCUACGGGAGCGACCCCGCCCCCGACCCCCACGGCCACGCACUCCAAAUCGAGGCGCCCGGGUCAGAAGGUUUUUAAGAGAUCCGUCGCCGGCUCCGACCCCUUCGGCGAGACGAGCUCCGUCGGCCCCGUGGAAGACGCGGAGAAGGCGGAGCCGCCGGGCCCGGAGGAGGCCGGACAGAAGGGGGACGGGACGGAGCCCGGCCCCCCGCCCCCGGGGGACGGCCUGGAGGCCGGAGCCCGGACCCCGGACGACGACGGCGGAGAGGAGCGAGGGAGUUUAAGAUAAAACCCAGACUUCACGGGAGAGGACCUUUGCACGCCGUCUUCCCUGGGGGCCAGGGACGGCAAAGACGCGUCGAAAACGUGAGCGGGGCCCCGCGUUAGUACCGUAAGCCGAGAUGGGACUUUUGCACAGAGAUGGGAAUGAGGGACAGGCAGCGGGUUCGACUGUAACGCGUGCAGACCGGGGUCGGAUCGCCGCUCCCGUUCUCCUCGUCCUUACAGAUACCACGUAGGGCAAGAUGGCCACCCUUUCUCUUUCUCAAGUCGCCGUAAACGUUUGCUAUCUCCAAGCCGACCCCCGUCUUCCCGAACCUACGCUCGAGUAACCGGGUCGCGCCUCCUCCCCGCUGUCUUUGAAACCAAAGCAGGGGCCGGGACUCCUAAGAAAUCGGCUCCGCCUCCUGCGGGCCCGCACGGUCUCUCCACUAGGCCAGUCUCGCAGCCGUGUCUCUCGCGUCGAGGAGAAAGGAGGGUGGUCGCGAGCUUCUAAAGGAGGCCCGCGUCCGCUCUGAGCCCCUCUGACGGACAGAUUUCUUUCUCCCUCGGCGUCAGCGGGGACCCGACCGCUAGCCGAAGUCCGUCCCUUACCCCGCUCCCUUCUCCCCUGCCGACGGAGCUCCGAGUAUCUGGCCCCGGGCGGACACGGGCUGUUAAGUCCUUCCGGCUUAAAUCGGGUAGAUGCUGUACAUAAGAUGAAAUAUUAUAUUAGUCACAUAAUUAAAAUCCUUAAUAUAAGCAUUACUUCUUCGGACCUCGAUCCGAAGGUCGACCUUUGGUUGUCUUGGGGUUUUUUUUCCCUCCUCUUGAAAGUUUCUCCCUCACGGCGGAAACUGUCGACGAAACAGAUUUCCCUUCUGGCUCGACAGGCCUCUCCACGUGCACAAAUGAAGCUGUCAGCCUGCACCCUUGCUUCUCUUCCCUGCCCGCGAAUACCGCAUUUCUCCACUUCCCCUACGCGGCGGACCCCUCUGCGUCCCCGGGCGCAGUUCGGGUGCGGAGGGUCAUCUUUCGACACACCUCCGCGGCGGGCCUGUCCGCCGAAGUAGCGGGAGCCUUAGUUACGCCACAUUAAGCCUACUUACGGUUCAUUUUGAUUGAUGUGAUUUCAGAUUGUUUCUGGCACUGCCUAAAAGUGCAAUUUUUCUUUUAAGUACGGACGAUUAAAAGGCCAAUAGUCUUCCUCGAUGGUUUGGUGCAAUGAAGUUAUAUUAACUGGGGGGGGGGGGGUGGAAAAAAAUGGUCAUUAAUGAAAUUAAUUACAUUAAUUUUUAAAGUUUUUAUAUUUGGAAUGGUUCAACUAGUGGGGUUAAGAUAAAAUGUCACCCUUUAGAUGUAAUAUUUGAAUGCUGGUUUCAAUAAAGGGUCUUGAAAUUGUUUCA